CAAAUGUUUUGUUAAAUUAAUUGAUUUGAAAAAUACAUUGAAAUAAAUAGUUAUGAAACGUAUUAGCGAUAAAAAGUUAGAAAAAUUUGAACGAAAAAAGCAAAAAAUCCAAACAUUUUUGGAUCUGAUUAGUAGUGAUACUAAUGGUGUGAACAGCGAAAAGCAGAAGAAAGACAAUUAUAUCCAAACUAUUGUUAAUAAUAACAUUGAAAAAGAAGAUAAUAAUGUUUUUACCACAAACUUUAAACAAAUGUCUGAAUUAAGAAAAAAGUUGUCCAAAAGGUUGGUCACUGAAAGACCGAAAAUUUCUGUUGAAGACAAAUAUUUGGCCACUGAGUCACCCGAAGUGCUAUCUAUUGAAGACAUACAGCAAUUGAUUUUAGCGACACUUUUGCCUCCACCUCGACUCUCGUGUCCACCCAAUUGGUGUAAAGUUUUUAAGCCAACGAAAGCAUCAAAAGUGACAAUUUUUGUCAUCGAUUUGGACAUAAGUGAAGAAUUGUUUUCUGAAAGUGACUUUAAAUAUUGUGUCCAAUUUGACGUCAAAGACGAUUGGAUUAACUCAUUACUUACGGUUCGGUUAAGUAAUCGACAGAUCGAUAAAAUGCAUAAAAAAAGAAGAUCUGACGCUUCAGUUAAAUCAAAUCCAAUUGAAAUAUCUAAUGAAGAGAAGAUUUCAAGAACUGAAUUGUUGUUAUCGCCGCUACAGAUGGCCGUCGAGAAGUAUCCGCUGUCUUCAGACAAGUCCUGCAAAACGUUUUGUACUCUUAAAUCCAAUUACAUUCCCGUUACUAAUAGAUCGCCGUUAUAUGCCAUCGACUGUGAGAUGUGUUUCACAACAGCUGAUAAACUGGAAGUGACCCGUAUUUCUGUUGUCGACGAGAACUGUGUCGUCCUUUACGACACAUUAGUUAAGCCGCCAAAUGAAAUAGUAAACUAUUUGACGAGAUUUAGCGGAAUUACAAAGAAAUUGUUGGAUCCAAUCACCACUACCUUAGAAGACGUUUACAGAGAGUUAGACAAACUUAUUCCUGAAGAUGGUAUUAUUUGUGGUCAAAGUUUAAACAGUGAUUUAUUGGCUUUGCAAUUGAUUCAUCCUUAUGUUAUCGAUACCAGUGUUAUAUACAAUACAUCCGGUUUGAGACCAAUUAAAUCGUCGCUCAAAUAUUUGAGCAAAAAGUUUUUGAAUUUGGAUAUACAGAAUCACGAGAGUAAUGAUCGACACAGUGGUCAUGACUCGGCUGAGGACGCGAUAGCGACAAUGAAAUUGGUUAAACUGAAGCUAAGUAUGGGUCUUGAAUUUGGAGACAGAGUAUUGUCAAAAGUGAACUACCACUGCAACAGUAUGUCAAUGAAUCAGACGAUUUCUAUUAACAACUUCUUGGAGACCCAUAACAAGAAAUUAACGCUUUUCUAUGAUUAUGUUGAUCUCGACUGUAGCGACAAAUUGCUUGUUAUUUACAAUUGUCUUAACAAACAUAAGACACAACAAGUCUCAGAAGCCAUCAGUCGAUGCAUUCAUUCAGACAAACAAAUAUGUAUUCUUAUUCAUAAAAAUGGCAAAUGUUUUAUUAAAUAUUAA